CGGGUGACCAAACAGUACCUGCCUCACUUGGCCCGUCUGUGUCUUAUUAGCACCUUCUUGGAGGACGGCAUCCGCAUGUGGUUCCAAUGGAACGACCAGCGGGACUACAUCGAGGUCACAUGGAACUGUGGUUACUUCCUGGCGACCUGCUUUGUGCUCAUUAAUCUAUUAGGCCAGCUUGGUGGCUGUAUCCUCAUCCUCAGUAGAAAUUUUGUACAGUAUGCCUGUUUUGGAUUAUUUGGCAUCAUAGCGCUACAGACUAUUGGCUACAGCAUUUUAUGGGAUAUUAAAUUUUUGAUGAGAAACCUAGCUCUGGGCGGUGGUCUCCUGCUGCUGCUAGCUGAGUCACGUUCGGAAGGAAAGAGCAUGUUUGCUGGCGUGCCAUCCAUGGGCGAGAGUUCGCCCAAGCAGUACAUGCAACUGGGGGGCCGCAUACUGCUGGUUCUCAUGUUCAUGUCUCUUGUCCAUUUUGACACCAGCUUCCUCUCUAUCCUGCAAAACUUGGUGGGCACUGCUCUCAUCAUCUUGGUGGCUAUCGGUUUUAAGACCAAGCUGGCAGCGCUUACCUUGGUCCUGUGGCUGCUAGCAAUGAACGUCUACUUCAACGCCUUCUGGAACAUCCCCGCCUACAAGCCCAUGCACGAUUUCCUCAAGUACGACUUCUUCCAGACCACGUCUGUCAUCGGCGGCUUGCUCCUGGUGGUGGCCCUCGGGCCUGGCGGCGUGUCCAUGGACGAGAAAAAGAAAGAGUGGUAG